UCGACUCGAUGCUGCCGCCAGUACCAUUGCUGGGCCGACGACGAGAACGUGGUCCCGCCCGAUCUCAACGCGCGCGCGAACAAUCUUACUCGGUGGUUGUAGUUUAAUUCGGAGAUAAAAGUGUGUACAGGUGCAUUUGGGUCCCCAAUAAAGUAGCAGCCAACAUGUCCUGGGUGUUUCACCUGCUGUGGAUGUUUCUGGUGCUGAUGCUGUUUUUCAUUGUGCUGCGCCGGAUAUACUACUUCGGGCUGCAGGUGCAUCGACCAGCGACAGCGCAAUCACGCACUCAAACCUCUCAACGCUUUGCAGUGUUUACCAUCUACCAGAAUGACGUACGACCGGCACAAGCCCCACCAGAACGCAGUCAACCUCCGGCAUACCCAGAACCACCGCCUCCGCCGAAAUACGACGAUGUGAUAAAAUCACCGGACCUAUUCCAGAAACCUCCACCGUACACGGCAUCCGCUCAAGCGUAAAGCAGCUGCGUUCAAUCCGUACUCCACUUAAUCGUUAAUAAAGUUAAAUUUAAUUCCAACUUACCAACACA